AUGUGUGAUUCUUAAUUAUUCAAUUUUAAUAGUCCACUUGUCUUAAAUAAAUAAAGAAGAAUAAUCAAUUUACUUCCUAAUGAAAUAGAUAUAGAGUAAAUUUUGAAGAAUUAUAGAAUAAAUAAUAAAAUUGAACAAGAGAUUGUUUAAAAAUAAUAACCAUAAAAAAAUAUGAAAAAUCCAGCCAAUUUGAUGAGAAUGAAGAGAGUAAUAUUAAAUUAAUUCAACAGACCUAAUUCAAAUAAAAAUAAUCAAUAGAAAUGUAGAGAAAAUUUUUAGGAAUAGUUUCCAUAUUUCCUACGAAUUCAACAUUAUAAAAUUACUACUCAACCAAAUUCACUCAAUUUUAUGAAAUUAAUUUCAAGAGAUCGUCUUCAUUCAUUAGACAGACAUUCACAAAAAAAUAAAUCUAUUGAUUUCAGUAAUAUUAAAACCAGAAAAAUGAGUAUUUAGUAAUAUGAAAUCACAGCAUGGACUAGAAAGACUUCUGAAAGUCUUUGA